CGUGUUAUCGUUCUAUCGUAUCGUGCAACAGCGAUUAAAACCAUUUUGUGUAAGCGUAUCCUAGUAACCAGUGAAAGGAAAAAACAUAGUGAAAGAAGUGAAAAUGUCGAUCGUACCGAUUUUCUUCCGUAACUGGUGGGAAGACGAAUGGGACCGGCCGUUGCGUAGCUCCCGACUUCUGGAUCAGCACUUUGGCAGUGGAAUCGGUGGAGACGAUUUGCUGGGUGCGUUGGCCGCCGUCACAGAGCCACGCCAUCGUAGACACCCCUUAAACCAUCAUCAUCAUCACCACCAUCACGGUCCAGGACGCUACGUUCGCCCGUGGCACAGUUCCUGUGUGGCCAAUACACGCGAUAGCGGCUCAACGGUGAAUGUUACCAACGAUAAAUUCCAAAUCAACCUGGAUGUGCAACAGUUCGCCCCAGAGGAGAUCUCGGUGAAAUACGUGGACAAGAGCCUGGUGGUGGAAGGAAAGCAUGAGGAGAAAGAAGAUGAACAUGGAUACAUCUCGCGCCACUUUGUUCGCCGUUACAUGCUGCCGGCUGGCCACAACGAAAACCAGAUCGAAUCCUCGCUUUCAUCGGACGGCAUCCUGACCAUCACUUGUCCCCGGCUUGCAAUCGAGAAGAAGCCCGAGAAAAGCAUUACCAUAACGCACACGGGAAAGCCAUCGAAAAUGGCUGUCGACCAACAGCCAAAUGGUACACAGAAUCUGGAAACCAAAGGCAAAUGAACUGUUUCAUGUGGCACAGUAUUAACUUAUGGCUGCUUUUGUUCUCAUAGUUUGUAAUAAAAUAUAAUAAUAUACCGCUCAUUUCAUAU